CUUCUCCCGGUCCACCCCCCUCUCUUCCAGUGCUAGUGGUACAGUCCGGUUUUGCAUGAGUUUGCUAUGAGUGGCUGUGUGUGUGUGUGUGUGUGAGUUUGUGUGAGAGUGCGGGAGCGCGCGCUUGAAUCUGCAUGUGUGUGUGCGCGUGUGUGUGUGAGUGCACUAAAGGAAUUAGUCUCAGUCGUAACGUGCCGGUCGACUGGACGCACCGCUCUCUCUCCCUCGGAGUCCGUGUGUGUGUGUGUGUGUUGACUCUGGAAGGAAUACUGUUUUGCUCAGAGUUGGUCUUGUGAAUCGUGAAGUGUUUCUACACACACAGCCUGGAGAGUGUGUGUGUGUGUGUGUAAGACGCCGUGAGGAUGUAUUGCGCAUACCCCAUGCCCGGAGUGGCCAACAACUCUCUUAUGUACUACUACAAUGGGAAAUCGGUCUAUGCUCCGUCUCCUGGUUCAGAGGAGUUCAGUCGAGACUCUCCGUCCUACACCGGCUCCAAACCCCCCAACGCCCUCUUCUCCAACACCUUCUUCGAUGGGAGCCAGAACUCUUCGGACCCCUGGAGCUCCUCGACCAAUGGGAUUGCUCAGCCGGGCUACGCAGGCAUGAUGGGCGGGGCCUCGGGUCACAUGACACAGUCCGGGAGCUAUAGCAACCUGCACAGUCACGACCGGCUGACCUAUCCUCCCCACUCCGUCUCUCCGGCGUCUGAGAUGAGUUCUUCUCUUCCUCCGAUGUCUUCUUUCCAUCGUUCCUCCUCCUCCUCAUCCUCCUCUCCCUUCGUCUCCUCGUCACACACACACACCCCGCCCGUCAGCACAGGAGACGCCACCAUGGGGGCCGCUCGGGGUAAUGCCACAGGAGGAUCUCAGACGGGUGACGCGCUGGGGAAGGCUCUCGCAUCAAUCUACUCUCCACACCACACCGGCAGCAGUUUUCCCUCCAACCCCUCCACCCCCGUGGGCUCCCCGUCCCGCCUCGCUGCCGUGGCAACCAACCCCCCCACCACCACCGCCACCGCCAACCAACCUGGAGCCACGGCUGGCACCCGCGCAGGUCCCCAAUGGUCGAGGCCUACAGGACAGAAUGCCUCCUCUCCCAACUAUGACACCUCUCUCCACUCACUGUCUCGUAUGGAGGAUCGUCUAGAUCGUUUAGAUGAUGCCAUCCACGUGCUGCGUAACCAUGCGGUGGGUACCACUGGUCUCCCCGGCGACCUGCACAGCCUCCUCAACCAGGCCAACGGACCAAUCAGCGCGCUCGCUGCCAACUUCCCCGCCGCCGCCGGAUUGGUCAACAGCCGGACGGCAGCCAUGGUCGGAGCUCACCGCGAUGAUGCGAGCAGCCUGACCACCAAUCACAGCGGACUUCCUGCCUCUGGACCCGCCUCCAGCAAUGACAUCAACCAUCAGACAGAGACCUUCAGAGGAUUGGCGGCCAGCCUGGCCAGUCAGGUGGCGUCUGCGCUGGAGGUGAAGGUGGAGAGCUGUGAGAGGGAGGAGCUUGGUGACGGCGCGUCUGACGACAUGAGAGACGACGACAGCGACAGGAGAGACCCCAAGACGCCACGCGGGGCCACGCGCAGCAGGCACGUCUCCACUGGCAGCAUCAAUGAAGACGAGUCGGACCUGACCCCUGAGCAGAAGGCCGAGCGCGAACGCGAGCGGCGGAUGGCCAACAACGCGCGGGAGCGCCUGCGGGUGCGAGACAUCAACGAGGCCUUCAAGGAGCUGGGCCGCAUGUGUCAGCUGCACCUGAAGAGCGAGAAGCCGCAGACCAAACUGCUCAUCCUGCACCAGGCUGUGGCCGUCAUACUCAAUCUGGAACAGCAAGUCAGAGAGCGUAAUCUUAACCCCAAGGCGGCGUGUCUGAAGCGUCGAGAGGAAGAGAAGGUGGCAGGAGACCCCACCCAGCAACACACACUCUGAGAUCAGAGAGGCCAGGCGAAGUGUGUAUGAUAGCAUCGGUGACGGAAGCUUCCCAUUAGUCGACAGUACUUUCAGCGUGUGACGUGAAUUGGAAGGGACACGCCCACACACCCACCCCACAGACACGAGAAACUCACCAGGAGAGAGAUACCCAGCCCCACCACUAGAGGGCCGAUCAACUGGAGAGAUACCUUCAACUACCACUAGAUGGCCCCAGUCAGCAGGAGAGAUACCGAGACCCACCACUAGAGGGGGCCAAUAAACUGGGGAGAUGCCUUGAGCUGAAGGAGUAGUGUAAAGCCUGCACAUCAAAAACACAUCUGAGCAGGAUAACCACACGACCAGAGAGAGAUGUAGAAUUCAGUUUUAACCAGCCUUUUUGCUCCCACUUUUUUACGUGAA